AUGAUCUCCCCAGCAUCCCAGUUCUUCUCGAUUCCAGAACUUUUUCAAGCACUCGAACCCUUGCUGUCAACACCAUCUGUCGUUGCACUUGCACAAGUCAAUCACAAACUGAACGAGAUCUACACCCCUCUCAUCUACCAAACAAUCUCCAUUCGUUCAAAACCAGCGAAGAACGUCUUCGACUCUCUCGACUCCCUCGACAUGAGCUUUCGAUAUGCACGCAAGAUGACACUCAACGGGAUCCUCUGUGGCCCAUACUCUAGGAGCCUCAAGUCCUUCGAAGAUCAGUACCACCACACCAGCCAACCCUGCAGUCCACCCAUCGAUACCCACCAGCAGCUUCCUCCCUCGCCGCCGCGGAUGAGCAACUUGACACAACUCCAGAGCUACGGAUCAUAUUUACGACAAGCCGACGCGACUUACACCCACGACUAUUACAGCGGCGACUACCUGGCUCACCUCUGCCACAUCCUACGAUUUUGCCCACAGCUCGUCGAUUUAUCCAUGCGCGACGUCCCGGUUCACAACGAGCAGGACAUCCUUCUCAUCACCAGGACUCUAUCCGGGCUGGACUCGCUGAGAGACGUGAAAUUGGACCUUCGUUUGUGCAGCAGGAGCACCCUUAGGAGCAAAGUCUUUUCGCCCAUCUUUUUCGCGCUUCCCAGGGGAUUAGAGACUUUGGACCUCACGCUGCAGAGCCAAAUAAGUUCCGAUGUACGGCCGGCGGCGAGUAAUGAAGCUUCUAAAGUGACGGCAGAACAAUCGAGACGACGCCAGGAACCACUUUGCAGGCUAAGGAGCUGGCUUGGGUUGGAAACAGCAAAACACGACUUGGAGUCAAUUACCGCCUUUCUGAGCCACUGUCCGGAGCUCGAGCGACUACGUGUGCCCGAAUACCUCUCGGAGGAGGAUAUACCGGAAAUCGCCACCGUCAUCACGACUUCCUGUCCAAAGUUGAAACACAUCCAUCACUGGUACAGCGGACAGGACCCUCUAGCGGUCAUGUUGACCACCCUUAUAACCACCAUGGCUCAGGACACGCUUGUGUCACUAGAGUACGGCGGAGCAGAGGACGAGAACCAUAGACUCGGGACUUCCCUCCAACGACACUUUGGUUCUCUGAAGAGCAUUAUUAUGCGGGUGUGUUAUCACAUGGAGAGCGCGACCAUUCAGACCAUUCUUGCUGGUUGUCGGGAACUGGAGGAGCUGACGAUUGAAGGCGGGUAUGACCCGCACGAGAUACGGUUGGCAGACGCUGUUGCUCAGCAGUGGGCCUCUACGAAGAUUCGACGAUUGGUCAUCGAGAUCAACAUUGGAGACAUUGAGGAUCUCAGGAAGGAGACCUUCUAUUCGCGACCACUCCCAAUUGUUUUCAAUGAUACCACGGUGGACCGAAUGCGACAGCUGAAGCGAUUGUACCAGCAAAUUGGAUCGCUGCAUGAGCUGGAGAAUUUGGACCUGAGGAUCACGGUCCCUGCUGGUGCUAUGGACGGGCAGGACAAUUUCCUGUGCUAUCGCAAUGUUUCGUUUCCUGGUUUGAUGGCGCUGGCUGAUGAGGAGGCGGGGCGUCCAGGAUAUUUGCAUCUGUUGGCUGGGCUAAAGAACUUGAGGACGCUUCAGGGUUCGUUUAGUGCGAACACCGAGGAGACCAAGUUGACGAUCGACCAGGAUGUGUGCACCUGGAUCCACCAGCAUUGGCCUCGUAUUGAAAAGAUUGCGUUCUUCAGCCGGGGCACCACCCUGACAGCGCCCUUUCAAUGGCUCGUGGACCAGCGCGCCAACAUCCAAACACCCCUGGAUUUAUUUGAAUAA